AUGACAUCACAGUAUUACAUAACUUCUAUGUUUAAGCCUAAUGAUGUUUCAUGCAAAGUUUCAUAUCCAAGGCAGCUGCUUGUGAAUAUUUCACACUUUAAAAUCUCAAAAAUUCCUAUGUGUAUCUCUUCUUCAACAUCUCUAGGGGCAAACAAUACGGGAAUGAAACAAGAAAAGAAUUCUCUUAAGUUGGACGGACAUCAUGAACUAAAGGUUGAUGCUAACAAUAAAAUCAAAAAGCUUAAAGAGAAUACGAGAAGAGUUUUGAUGAUGAGUUCAGAUCCCAUAAUGACGAUGAAGCUAAUUGACACGAUUCAAAGAUUGGGAUUUGGUUAUUAUUUCAAAGAAGAAAUUGAUGAAAUAUUGAGUAGCCUACCACAUCUUCUGCCUGAUGAUGAUGAUGAUCUAUUUACUAUAGCCCUAUGUUUUCGCCUUCAACGACAUAAUGGCCUUCAUACGAAUCCAGACGUCUUUAAAAAGUUCUUGGAUGCAAAUGGAAAAUUAAACGAGUCAUUAAGUGAAGACAUAGAAGGAAUGUUGAGUUUAUAUGAAGCUUCGUACCUCAGUACAAAUGAAGAAUAUCUUUUAUUGGAUGCACAGGAUAUUACUACAAAAUACCUGCAGAGAUCUCUAUCACAACUUAGCACAAAACUUAAGAAAAAGGUUGUUGACGGUUUAAAGCUUCCGAGACAUAUGAGGAUGGAAAGGUUAGAAGCAAGAAGAUACAUUGAAGAAUACGAAAAUGAAGAUGAUCAUAGCCCAAUGCUGCUAAAAUUUGCAAAGAUGGAUUACAAUCGGGUCCAAUCAAUUUUUCGAAAGGAGCUGGUUGAGGUAACCAGUUGGUGGAAACAAUUGGGUCUAGCUAGUAAGCUAAGUUUUGUUAGAGAUCGACAUGUCGAGUGUUUUGUAUGGACCGUGGGACUCUUACCGGAGCCAAAUGACACGAGUUGCAGAAUUAUGCUUGCUAAAACCAUCGCCAUUAUGUUGGUUAUUGAUGAUAUAUAUGACACUUAUGGCGCUUACGAUGAUCUUGUCCUCUUUACUAGAGCAAUUCAAAGAUGGGGUUUGAAAGAAGUGGAACAACUUCCGGAGUACAUGAAAGUAUGCUACAUGGCAUUGUAUAACACUAACAAUGAGAUUUGUGACCAAGUCCUCAAAGAACAUGGGUUGUGUGUCCAACCAUUUCUUAAAAAAACGUGGAUUGACUUGGUUGAAGCUUACAUGGUGGAAGUCGAAUGGGUAAGACAAGGGGUUGUACCAAACCUUAAAGAUUACAUGGACAAUGGGAUUGUAUCAUCAGGGACAUAUAUGGCAAUGGUGCAUUUAUUCGUUCUAAUAUCUGAAGGGGUUACAAACGAAAACAUCAGACGUCUUCUUGAUCCAUAUCCUAAAUUUUUCACUUUGGCUGGAACCAUUCUUCGUUUAUGGGAUGACCUCGGAACCUCUAAGGAGGAAGUGGAAAGAGGAGAUGUAUUAUCAAGCAUACAAUUAGUCAUGAAAGAUAAGAACGUUACAUGUGAAAAAGAAGCAAGGAAACAAAUAUUGCAGAUAAUCCAUGUUUUAUGGAAAAAUCUAAAUUCAGAGCUAGUUAAAUUAGACCAAGCAUUAUUUCCGAUUAUCCGAGUUGCCUUUAACAUAUCAAGAGCUUCUCAAGUGGUUUAUCAACAUAACGAAGAUAGUUAUUUAUCGAGUGUAAAAAGUCAAGUACAAAAUCUAUUCUUCAAAUCUAUUGAUUUCUAG